GGAAUUUGAUCCAAAGCCUGUUCCAAAGUAUAAUCUGAGUUCGUCAUCAUCGUCACAAUUUGAAGAUAUAGAAACGUAUGUCGAUGAGGAUGAGGAUGAAUAUGUACCAGUUGUAACAUACC